AUGACGACGGCGAGCGCGACGGCGACGAGCGCCGCCGUCGCGACGUCGGACGCGAAAGAAAACGAUGCACCAAAGUCCACGGCGAUCCCGGAGCGCGACUACGGCCCGGAGGCGGAGAUCGCGCGCCUGCAAGCGCAAGCGGACGCCUUCACGCGAAAGACGGAGCUCGAGAAGCGCGCGGUGCGCGACCUGGAAAAAGAGGUGGAGACGAUGCGGUCGCGCGUCGAGACGCAGCGAAAGAAGAUGGGCGGUCUCGACGCCGCGCAGAGGGCGAAUAACCAGAUACAGAAGAAGAUCAAGAUGCUCGAGACCAAGCUGGAUAAGUCUCUGUGCCGGUUCAACGAGGCGAAGUCGCACAACAAGACGCUGAGGCUGACGAUCGACAACCUCAGGAAAGAGCGCGCGGUGUUCGCCGAAGUGUACCGCAAGCUCGAGAAGGACUUGGACGCCAAAAAGGCGGACAUGGGCGUCAUCGUGGAGGAGAGCGAUCGCGCGUACGAAGCGCGCGACCGCGCGGUCGCGGAGAUGGCGAAGCUCAAGAUGCAGGCGGACAAAGAGCAAGCGAGCUUCGAGAACGAGUGGAGGGAGCUCGGAAAACUCAUCGAACACGACCGGAAGAUGAAGGAAUUCAUGAGGAACCGACGCAAGGUGAACGAGGACGACGGGAAACUGGGGACGCUGUCGUUGGAGGAGGAGAAGAAGCUCAAGAAGAAGAUCAUCAAGGGGAACUGGGGGAACAUCAAGACCAAGGCGAGGCAGAGCACGGUGCAGACGAAAGUGCACUCGUACACGGAGGCGUUUGAGAAGAUCAAAGCAGCCGCGGGGAUCGACGACCUCGACGCGCUCGUGAGCAACUUUCUCAGCGCUGAGGAUGAAAACUUCCGUCUGUUCAACUACGUCAACACGCUGAACCAAGAGAUCGACGCGCUGGAGGAGCAAAUCUCGAACGUGAAGGGAGAGAUCGAGAAGUACCGCGGCGACGGCGUCGGCGGCGACGGCGCGCGGAAGAAGCAGCUCAAAGAACUGUCGGACAAACUCCUCGCGACGGAGCGAAAGGCGGACGCGUACGAGACGAAACACAAAGACGCGAUGAAAACCGUGCUCCAGCUCAAGGAUGGCAUCUGGAAAAUAUACAACAAAAUCGGAUGUAACACCCCGGCGAACCGAGAACUCCUCGGCGAAGAGGGCGUGAACACGGAGAACAUGAUGCAGUACCUCGGCAUCGUCGAGCAGCGCACGAACGAGAUCCUCCAGAUGUACGCCGCCGCGCAGGCGACGGCGAAGGGCGAGGCGUCGGAUGAAAACCGCGCGGUGGACGACAAAAAAGACAAAGAGACGCGCGCCAUGGGCUACGCCGCGCUCCUCUCGCAGGGUCCGGACAAGCCCGCGACGGGCGGCACGACGCUGAAGAUCCAGCUCCCCACGACGAGAGAGACCGGGGACGAGGACAGCGACGAGAGCGACGUGGAGGACGACCGGCCCCUGAACCGCGACGAGCUGCGCGCGAAGACGUUGUCUCGGCUGGCGAAGCGCGAGCGCGCCGCGGAAAAGGAGAAGACGCACGCGCGCGCGCCGAGCGGGGGGAUCGCGGGGGGCGGGGGGAAGGGUGGGGGCGGGGUUGGGGCGAGGAGGCCGCCCGCGGGGAGCCGGCCGGGGUCGAAGCUCGGGUCGCGGCCCCAGUAG